AUGGAGACAAGAAGUUCUUCUCGUCUUGCACGAGAAAAUUUCUAUUCAAUUCCAAACUUAUCAUCUGAUCAAUUGCUCCGUCAAGAUGAUCUAACAACAUCGUCUCCACAUAUCAUUGUCAAUCUUCGUCGUUCCUCAAUUCAUUCUUCGUCAUCAUCAUCAUCCGGCAUCAUUUUUCGUCACAAAUCUUGGUAUUAUCUCAGUCGAUUGUUAAUCUGUUUGAUUACAAUUUUCUUCGCUACAUUUUGUUGUUACACAAUUUAUGAAUUUAAACUUGAAAAUUUGAAAACAACCAAUGUUACAUCUGCACAAUCGCCGUCAAAGAUCUGUCGACUAUUUCAAAUCAAUUUUAAUCUAUAUUACAAGAUUCCUGUGAAUUAUGUUUCAUUGAGUAUUCUUUGUCUUCUAAUCGUUAUUUUAAUUGUUUUUGAAAAUGUGACGAAGAAAAAAUUCCGAUCGUUUUGUUCGCAAUUUUCCAUGCCUAUGAUCUUCAAUUCUCAUUCACAUAUUCAUCGAUUCGAAUCCGCUGCUGUAUUUGGUAUUAUUGCCUUGGAAAUUCUGCAUAUCUUCGAUGAAUUCAUUAUCAAUGGAACAAAACAUUUUCAAAACGGUCCUCUACUCGAUUUAAUUUUGCAAUUUGGUAUUGGAUUGAUGCUAGGCUUACGAUAUUUUCCAAUCUUAGCGAUAUUCGAACAGGAAAAUACGUAUGAAAACCGUCUAGCGAACAUUAUUUGUUAUGGUUUAGCGUCGAUAUAUUUGUAUUGCGAGAUUAUAUUCAAAUUACAAUCAGAUAUCAACUGUCGACUAGAUGAAAGGAAAAAAUCGAUGAUUAAGGAGAUCUUGACGAAAUUUCAUCAAAUGGGAAUCAAUUUCAUCGAUUAUUUAGGGACAAAUCGAACAAGUCAACUGAAUGAUACGUAUCAGAAUACUCAAGUUUGGUUUAAUCAUCAAAUCGAGCAACAUUUAAUUAAUUCAACCUAUGAUGAUCAAAAUGAAGUUGAAAAUGAUCUGAAUCGUUUAAACUAUUCUUUGGAAUUGAAUCGACAAAGUAUCGUCUAUAACACAUUAAGAUAUGCACCGUAUUAUUACUUUAUUGUCUUCUUGGCUGUUCGAUUAACUGUAAUGUUUUUGAACACAUUUCGAAAUACGAUUCAGCAUAAGAAUUUGUUAUACAAAUCAUCUCCACGUUGGAAAUAUGUCAGAUAUAAUCUCUUGAAAUCAUCCACAAAUGAAAUAUCUACGAAUCCUAAUGAUUAUUCACAUCUAUUUCGCUUUCUCAAUUAUUUAAUUUAUUUCUUCAAGAAAAACAUCUAUUCAAUUCGUCCAUAUUUUCGUUAUUCGAAACUGAUUGUUUGCAUCUAUACAAGUGCAUUAACAUUGAUAUAUUAUUUUACAUUUUGGAUCCAAGAUCAUACAUAUGUUCUAACUAAAAAAUUACUCUUAUUUCUCAAUUUAAUUCUUUGUGCUUUAGCUGAUUUAUCCAAAGAUUUAUGUUACAAUUUGAAUUUAAAUCACAUCAAUCGUGAUAUCAAGUAUAUUUGUCUUUUAACUGCGUUUAUCACUUGUAUACAAUUGUUCUUCGGUUUGAAACAUUAUCAAACACAAAUGUGUAAUGCAUAUCGAGGAAUAUUCCAUGAUAUUCCAACAGCGAAACAGAUUUCAUCGAUUACUAUUGUUAGUAAAUCAAUGCAUUAUCCAGGACGUUUCAUGGGUUCGUUAGUUUAUAGUUAUGGUUUUCUGUUUUUAUGUGUUUCGAUUUUUUAUAUUUUAUCUCGUUAUGUUCUUUACUCACUAAUGGUUUUAGAAUUUGUCGCGAAACUUUUUCUUCCGAUGCUGAUAUUUUUAUUAUUUCAAUUAUUAUUUGUUCGUCUUCUAUGUAAAUUACUAUUUGUAGAGAAAUCUCAUUUUCUUGCCUUGCGCAAUCUUCGAUUGUACUAUACAUUUUCCUAUUUCAGUUUCUUUUUCGACUGUUUCCUCGGUUUUCUCAUGUGUUUGACACGUAUAACGAAAGCUUUUGUAUGUUCAGUGAUAUUUUUCGCACGAUUAGAUUACUCACCAUAUGGCCGAGGCUUGGAAAUGUACGAUUCAUCGUAUGCAUCGUAUGUUAGCUUCUUCCAUAUCGAAAAGAAUCAACGACAUCCUGUUUUGAAUGUUUUUAUUGAUAUCAUUCGACAACGGUUGAUUGAUAUACGAAAAUUGAAGUCUAAAUUAACAAUUGAGAAGAUUCGUCGCACAUACGAACAAGACAAAUUCACUCAAAUUCAACGUUUUCGUUGGGCAUUGGCUUAUACAUUAAUUCGAAAUGAACAACUGCGACGUUAUCGAAAACAUCGAUUACCAUCCCACAAAAUUCCUCAAUCGAAAACAUUGGAAAAGAUCUUCGAUAAAAUUGGCUUAACACAAACUCUAACAAGGAAAUAUUAG